AUGCGACCCGGCCCAUAUAUAGCGAAGAAUCGACAGAAUAAACAGCCCCUUGUACCACCAUCCAGUUUUGAUGUCCCUGAAAGGAAAACAUCCCUCUCUCGCAGUCUAGAUGACUAUUGUGUCUUUAUUGAAUCAACAUACCUGAAAUACUGUGACCCCGGAAGUCCUAUACAGCAUUUAACCCUACUUACGGCACGAAUUUCGCUCUACAAGCUUCGUGUGGUAGAAUUCAUGAGCAGGAAUAUCCCGACAACAGAACUGCCCAAACAAGAGCGAGAAGAUAUCUUCAUGGCUGCUGUGAAGAUGAUAGAAUGCGACGAUAAGAUCUACACCACAGAUGAACAUCGUGAUUUCCUCUGGUAUACCCAAUUUCAAGCACCCAUCCCAGGACUGUUCUUCCUUAUGACCGAACUACGUCAGCGUACGACAGGGCCGCUUUGUGAGCGCGCAUGGAAAGCUAUUUGCAGUAACCACGAGCAUCGAGGCUUGGUCAGCAAGUUGAAAAGCCCUAUGCAUACCGCCUUUGGGCAGACUAUACUCAAAGCCUGGGAUGCCCGUGAGCAGACUGAGAUUCAACAGGGCGGAGUUAUUGAUCCCCCAGAGCUGAUCGUCGUAUUGCGUCGAGUGUAUGCGUCGAAAAGAGAGAAUCCUCAAAAGAGAACACUACCACUGCUCCUGUGUCUCAGAGCAAUCAAGUCGAUUCUGUAG